AUGGUGUUAGCGGAUUUGGGUCGCCGAAUCCGCGUGGCCAUUGGCAAGUUGGGCCAGGCGACGGUAAUUAAUGAAGAUGAGGUGAAUGAGAUGUUGAAAGAGGUCUGUAAGGCCUUGAUGGAGAGCGAUGUUAACAUUAAGUUGGUGGCCAAGUUGAGAGAAAACAUCAAGUAAGUGUUUUGUGAUAGUUAUUUGUGUUUUUAGGAGUUGUUAUUAAUUUAUUGAACAUGUUUUGUUUAGAAAGAGCUUGAACUUUGAGGACAUGGCUGGAGGUGUUAACAAGAGGAGGCUCAUUCAGAAGACCGUGUUCCAAGAACUCGUGAAGUUGGUGGAUCCAGAUGUUAAGCCUUUUGUUCCUCAAAAAGGAAAAACUAAUGUUAUCAUGUUUGUUGGUCUUCAAGGUUCUGGUAAAACAACCUCGUGUACAAAGGUGGGUUUUGUUUAGCAUAAUUAUGCAUUGUUUUAUUAAAUGUAUUUUAUUAAAUAACGUUAACUGUUAUAGUUAGCGUAUUACUACCAGAAGAAAGGAUGGAAGAGUUGUUUGAUUUGUGCAGAUACAUUCCGUGCUGGUGCUUUUGAUCAGUUGAAACAGAAUUGUACCAAAGCUAGGAUUCCAUUUUACGGAAGGUAAUUCAUUUUUCAGCAUUUUCGUUUAAAAAUAGGAUACUUAGGUCUUGAUUGUAGCUGAUUAUAACAAAUUUCAUCAAUGUUUUUAGUUACACCGAAGUAGAUCCUGUAGUAAUUGCAAAGAACGGUGUGGAUAAGUUCAAGCAAGAUGGUUUUGAGAUCAUUGUGGUCGAUACUUCUGGUCGACACAAGCAGGAAGCCUCUUUAUUCGAAGAAAUGCUCCAAGUUUCAAAUACUAUUGUAAGUUAAGUUUUGUCAUUAUUUGACAUUUUUGGGAUUUUAGGCAUAAUUUAAAAUUUGCGGCCAUGUUAUGUAUUUUUAUUCUGUUGCAGGACCCGGACAAUGUUGUAUUUGUGAUGGACGCUUCUAUUGGUCAGGCUUGUGAAGCCCAAGCGAGUGCUUUCAGUCAAACUGUAAAUGUCGGAUCAGUGAUUAUCACCAAGUUGGAUGGCCAUGCGAAAGGUGGUGGUGCUUUAUCAGCGUAAGUCACCAAUAUAUUUACAUUAUUAUUGAAUUUAGUGUUGCUGCUACUCAUUCUCCUAUUAUAUUUAUUGGUACCGGUGAGCAUAUCGAUGAAUUCGAAGAGUUCAAAGUCAAGCCUUUCGUGCAGAAGUUGUUGGGGAUGGGUGACAUCGAAGGUCUCGUGGAGAAGGUAUCGGAAAUGGGGUUAGAAGACAACGAAGAGCUUCUGAAACGUUUAAAGCAGGGCCAGUUUACUCUCAGAGACAUGUAUGAACAGUUUCAGAACAUCAUGAAGAUGGGUCCCUUGAGUCAAGUCAUGGUAAUCAUUAUGACUAUAUUUUUGUAACAACUGCAGAUUUGAUUGAUUUACGUAAAAUACAAUGGUAAAAUCGUCCUUUGUAGAGUAUGAUACCCGGAUUCGGUCCUGAUUUUAUGACGAAAGGCAACGAGCAAGAAUCCUCACAUCGUCUGAAGCGAUUGAUGACUAUAAUGGAUAGUAUGGCUGACAGUGAACUCGAUCAUCCUAAAGCCAACGAUAUAUUUUCAAAAGAACCUUCCAGGGUUACUCGAGUAGCUCGUGGCAGUGGCACAGCUGAAGGGGAGGUGAAAGAGCUGUUAUCACAAUACAAAAAGUUCGCCGCCAUGGUUAAGAAGAUGGGAAGUGUUAAAGGAUUAUUCAAGGUAAGCUUUGAAUUGAUUUGUUUGAAGUUUAGGGGACAAAUGCGGAAAAUUUUAAAAGUGCUGGGUCUUUGUGUUUUUUGGAUUUUUAAUUAUCACUUUUAAAAGAACAUGUUUUAGAACGGAAACAUGAAUCCGAACAAGAUCAACCCUAUGCAGAUGCAAAAACUGAACCAGCAGAUGGCCAAAAUGAUGGACCCUCGGGUACUACAACAAAUGGGCGGCAUGGGAGGCCUUCAGAACAUGAUCAAGCAGCUGGGCGGCAGUGGUGGCAUGGGCGGAUUAGGAGGGCUAGGCGGCGGCGGUGGAGGCCGAAAGUGA